UUAUACGUUGAGUGAAGAAAAAAUUUGUUUUUUCUCAUUUAACGCGCGCUCUCGUUGUGCUUGGGAUUUGUUACUUCAAUCACUUUUCACAUCAAGUAUUUCUUAGAUUUCGUCAUAUUGAUUGAGUUAAUUUAUCACCUGUGCAGUAUAAUCGUGCAAUGCAUAUGAUGUAGUGCGCGCGCGAACUUUUAUUAAACGGGUACCUGAUUGUUUUGGUCGAUUUCAGUGUUUUAUAGAUUACUUUAUAGGACAGGAGAAAAAAAAGUCAUUAGCUAAAAUGCCUUGUGAGAUGAUAACCCUGCAACUCGGCCAAUGUGGAAACCAGAUUGGCUUUGAGUUUUGGAAGAGGCUCUGCUCCGAGCAUGGAAUCAGCCCCGAAGGCAUUCUCGAGGACUAUGCCACCGAAGGCACCGACAGGAAGGACGUUUUCUUCUAUCAGUCCGACGAUGAGCACUACAUCCCAAGAGCUGUUCUCUUGGACUUGGAGCCCAGAGUCAUUCACACCAUCAUGAAUUCGCCUUACUCAAAGCUGUACAACCCUGAAAAUAUUUAUUUGUCAAAACAUGGUGGUGGAGCUGGAAACAAUUGGGCAUCUGGUUAUCAUCAAGGAGAAAAGUUGCAGGAAGAAAUAUUUGAUAUACUCGACAGAGAGGCGGAUGGAAGUGAUAGUUUGGAGGGUUUUGUUUUGUGCCAUUCUAUUGCUGGAGGUACGGGAUCUGGUAUGGGCUCUUUUAUGCUUGAAUCUCUGGCAGAUAGGUUUCCAAAAAAAUUAAUUGAAACAUACAGUGUCUUCCCUAAUCAAGAUGAAAUAAGCGACGUUGUUGUGCAACCUUACAAUUCCCUGUUGACACUCAAGAGAUUAACACAAUGUGCCGAUUGUGUGGUGGUUCUUGAUAAUACUGCGUUAAACAGGAUUGCAUCUGACAGACUGCACAUUCAAAAUCCUAGUUUCACUCAAAUCAACAAACUAGUAUCGACUAUUAUGUCUGUCAGUACAACGACACUAAGGUAUCCAUCUUACAUGAAUAAUGAUUUGGUUGGGUUGAUUGCACCGUUGAUUCCAACGCCAAGGUUACAUUUCCUAAUGACCGGAUACACACCUCUUACGACGGAUCAAGAGGGUGCAUCAGUUCGUAAAACUUCUGUACUGGAUGUUAUGAGGCGUUUGCUGCAACCAAAGAAUAUGAUGGUUUCCACGGCAUUGGACAGAAACGCUGCUCACUGCUACAUUUCUAUAUUGAACAUUAUUCAGGGCGAAGUUGAUCCAACCCAAGUGCACAAAUCUUUACAAAGAAUCAGGGAAAGAAAGUUGGCAAAUUUCAUUCCAUGGGGACCCGCUAGUAUCCAAGUUGCUUUGUCAAGAAAAUCCCCUUAUAUUCAAAGUACGCAUAGAGUAUCGGGGCUCAUGUUGGCUAAUCACACAAAUAUUUCUUCGUUGUUUGAUCGAGCUCUGCAGCAAUACGACAAGCUUAGAAAAAGAGAAGCUUUUUUGGAACAGUUCAGAAAAGAAAAAAUGUUUGAAGACAAUCUUGACGAGCUAGAUAACUCGCGGGAAGUUGUUGAUUAUUUGGUGAAAGAAUACCAAGCUGCCACAAGAGCAGAUUAUUUAUCAUGGAAUCCGAGUAAAGCAGAGUAAAAUCAUGUUUCUGUCUGGUGCAUUACAUUAUGAAUUUUAAGCCUCUACAACUCGAUUUUUGACUCCAUACGUAUAGUUCCAUUAUGUUGAACUUAUUAGAUGUUAACAUAAAUUAAUUAGUCAAAAUGUUUUUUGGAAAAUUUGAGAUCUAUUAUUAAUAACAAAUUUUAAUUA